CUUACGAUCACUAUGCCCCCCUUGCCCAGCACGAUAAGCAAAGAGGCUCAAGUUUUAAUAGAGUCUAUUGAACGGCGCAAGAAAGAUGUGCAGGACUUCCAGAUACCCCGCCUGCAGGAAUGCAAAGGGCCGCUGGCUGUGCAGCAAGGGUACACUUCGAGUCUGAGGGAAGAUAUAGACUUUCUAGGGCGGCAAGUGCAGGAGCUGGAACUGAUGGUGGAUGAGCAAAGGAGCGAGAGGGAUCGUAGGGAACUUGGACAAUCCGUGCAGGGUUAUAAGGACGAGAUGGCGAGGAUACGCAAGUCGGUCAGGGCUGCUGUACUUGUCUCCAAACGAGCCGUAGACUCGCAGAGCGUAUCUGCCCGAGAGGAACUCCUGCGAACAUCUGCUUCAUCAAGUACCACGAAUGCGAAAAGCGAGAAGGGGAGCGAUGAUGCUCUCAUGAGAGCAAACGCCGACGUCACAAACGCGCUCAGACGGACAAUUGGGCUGAUGCAAACCGAACUCGAACGGUCCGUCCUAUCCACGCAGAUGCUCGAACAAUCCUCCGCCACACUGCGCUCCACCUCCUCCGCGUAUGACAGCCUCAACCUCGUUCUGAGCACAUCCAAGCAGCUCGUGACCGCUCUCGAAAAGUCUGACUGGAUCGACCGGCUCCUCAUCAUCUCCGCGGUGGUCUUCUUCUUCCUCGUCGUCGCCCUGAUCCUCAAGCAGCGGAUCGUCGACCGGAGCCUGCGGAUUGCCUUCUUUUGGACGCGGUUCAUCCCUAGCAUGGGUUUGGGCAAGCAUGGGGACCUCGAAGCUGCUGUUGUACUGACUACAACAACCCUAGCUACGCUUUCUAGUACGGUGGCUACGGCGUCUACGUCACUGUCCUCGCUUCGAUCGAAGCCAUCUGCGUUCGAGGAUUUGUCGACAGAAGCCAUUCCUCCAGAAGAAAUCUCGGUCUCGACGACUUACAUUCCACCAGAUCCUAGUAGCUCGUCGGGGACUAUCAGUCCAGCGGUAGAGUCUGAUCCGAGCGUCCACGACGAACUAUAACUGUAUAUACUCUGACCUACAUCAUAUAUCUUAUCCUCAGAAUGCUUCUCUGCACCGGUACCAAUUCAAU